CCCGCGGUGCCCAGUGCGUGGCGCCCUCCGCUYCGCUCCGCGUCUCCUCCCCGCCGCCGGCGGCCGCUCCCUUUCCCGCCCGUCCAUGUCUCUGCCGGUGGUGCUCCCGGGCUCCUGCUGCCCAGUGGCUGGGCUUUCGGGUGGACCGCAGGCCGGGGGCCCCGGCGCCGCGGCCGCUGCUGCCCAAGACACGCCGCUGCCGCCGCUGCGGCCGCGCUGGACCCGGGGCGCGCUGCAGCCCCCGGCGCGGCCUCGCUGCGCUGCCGCCGCCGCCGGGGUACUGACUGCGCCGCCUGCGCUCUCCUCCCGCCGGGCUGCUGCCGCUGCCGCCGCCGCCCCCCCUGGCUCGGCGCUGCUGCCCGCCCGCCCGCUGCUUUCGCUCGGGCUGCUGCAGCUGAUCCUGGGCUGUUGCAUGGUGGCGCUCAGCUUCGGGGCGCUGUCCCUGAGCAGCUCCCCGCAAGUGAAGAACUCAUGCCCAUUCUGGGCUGGCUCCUCGGUGAUACUCUCUGGAAUCAUCGGAUUAACAACUUGGAAAAGGCCUAUGAUACUCCUGGUAAACCUCUUCGUGUUGCUCUCUGUGGUUUGUGUCCUCCUAAAUCUUGCGGGAUUCAUCCUAGGCUGCCAAGGGGCGCAGUUUGUGUCCAGCGUGCCCAGGUGUGAUCUGGUGGAUUUAGGUGAAGGUAAGAUUUGCUUCUGUUGUGAAGAAUUUCAACCAGCCAAAUGCACAGACAAAGAAAAUGCCUUGAAACUCUUUCCAGUUCAGCCUUGUAGUGCUGUUCAUCUUCUCCUUAAGAAAGUCCUCUUUGCCCUGUGUGCCUUGAACGCGCUGACCACCACCGUCUGCCUGGUGGCCGCCGCCCUGCGCUACCUGCAGAUCUUUGCCACCCGGCGAUCCUGCAUCGAUGAAUCCCAGAUGUCUGCAGAAGACGUGGAAGAUCACGGACGCAUUCCAGACCCCGAUGACUUCGUGCCGCCUGUGCCUCCCCCUUCCUACUUUGCCACCUUUUACUCGUGCACACCGAGGAUGAACCGCAGGAUGGUUGGUCCUGACAUCAUUCCACUGCCACACAUCUACGGAGCUCGAAUCAAAGGUGUGGAAGUGUUCUGUCCCCUGGACCCCCCACCUCCAUAUGAAGCUGUGGUGAGCCAGAUGGACCAGGAGCAGGGAUCUUCAUUCCAAAUACCAGAAGGAUCAGAAGCUGCUGCGAGCCCUUUGGAACCAGUUUGCACACAAGUGACUCAAGGUGGGGACAUUUCUAACACACCUGGAGAAGAAAGCACACCCACAGCAAUUCCCAGCUCACAUCCAGAGCAUCCCUCAAGAAACUGGAGAACCCUCCCACCGCUAAGGACAAGAUCAAAGAGUGACCCUGUCCUUCACCAUUCUGAGGAGAGAGCCACCCCAGUGCUCAGCUGUGAAGCUGCGACACAGACCGAAAGGAGGCUGGAUCUGGCCGCAGUGACUCUAAGAAGAGGCUUGAGACCAAGAGCGUCAAGAUGCAGACCACGGUCUUUGAUAGACUAUAAGUCUUACAUAGAUACCAAACUGCUGGUGGCCAGGUUCCUGGAGCAAUCUUCCUGCAGUAUGACCCCAGACAUCCAUGAACUUGUAGAAAACAUUAAAUCUGUUUUGAAGUCUGACGAAGAGCACAUGGAGGAAGCCAUCACAAGUGCCAGUUUCCUGGAACAGAUAAUGGCCCCACCGCAGCCCAGCACUUCCAGGGUCCACACGCUGCCCUCUCGGAGACAGCCUGGCCUGCUGCACCUGCGGAGCUGUGGUGACCUGAGCACCUUCGUCCCGGCAGGGAGGCCGAGAGUGGAGAGGAGACCCUCGAGAGCAGAGGCCGAGCGGCCACACAGCCUUAUUGGUGUCAUCCGGGAGACUGUCCUGUGAACCAAGGAAGAUGAAAGACCACUCCAAGGGGAAGGAAUCCCCUAUUCUCUGUGCCAUGUUACUGGCUGAGAGUCGGGGUCCCGCUCUGGGAGUUCCUCAGAGGGAGGUACCCUGGAGAAUGUUUGUUCCUGCUCCCUGGCUCCCCUUUUUGCUGCUGGGGGCACUCCAGGGUGAACCAACAGACUUUCCCAGGCCCUCUUGGGUUUGGAUGCAGGAGUUUGAGGGGAAGGUGGCGAGCUGUCUCCUUCCUCUGCCGGGUCUCGCAGCAUUCCUGAGGGUCACAUGUCCCAGCGGGGGCAGAGACUGGGCUAAGGAUUCUUUGCCCACCUCACCCUCAUGUCUCUCCUGGUUGCCAAGUUCUUUCUCCCUGUUGGAAGGACAGAGCUUCAGGGCUGCUAUUUAUAACUGCCUGCGGCCUUUCACUGCUCAGUGAGAGGAAUUGGCAGGAGACACAGUGAUUAACCCCGAUGUGACUGCAAUCCUCAAGCCUCUUUUUAGGUUACUCUCAAAUCACACUCUUUUUAGGAAAAACAGGAAACUGUAAGUGGCACCUUUUAAUGAAAGACAUUUAGGGAGAGAAUUAUUGUUGAUUCCAUUUAUUCAUGCUUGCAAAACUAGAGCACCUAAGACAGAACGAGAAUAAAAACGUUUUGGACCUUCA